UUUCGACCGGCGUUUUGUUUUGCUGCAGAUUUGUGCGCUUAUAUUCGUUUUUCAGCAAUUUUAUAAGGAUACCAUGAAGCGUAGGAGUCAAACGCAGGCCCAACAGGCCACGCCGGCCAGUAAAAAUUCAAAGGACAAGGUUGGAGCCCUCACUGUAGCUCAGCUGAAUUCCGAUGUCAUUUGGCAGCUGGCAUCACAGUACUGGACGCCGGACACAAAGGCGGAUCACCUGCCUUAUAGCGCCAAGAUCAUUGAGCGCAUCUACAACGAGGAGAUCGGCGGAGGCAGUGGACAUAGUGCGCGCCGGAUUAACAUGCUGGAAUUCAGUCAGUACUUGGAGCAGUAUCUGUGGCCACAUUACCAGCGCGAGACCGCCACCCAUGCCCACCUCAUGUCCAUCGUGAUAAUGGCCAACGAGAAGUUCCGGGAGCGCGUCGAGGUGUGGACAGUGUUCGAGAAACUGCCUGAUCAGUAUCCGGCCUUCUUCCGCCACGUGCUGGAGAGCUGUUUGGCAGCAAAGAAGGCCAAGGAGGCGAGCAGCACGCUAAGGGAGCGAACGGCCUUGCUGAUGUUCAUAAACCACUGCUUCAAUAGCAUGGAGAUCGAGCUGUGCCGCGAGCAGGCCAAGCGAUUGGUCUCCCUGUCCAUGUGGCACUGCCUGCAGCCGCGUCGCCGCGAACAGGAGCUUCGGGAUGUGCCCGAGUGGCGCAAGUACUGGAAACGCCUUCUCAAGAAGGAGAAGGACAGCAAGCCCGAGGUCCUGUGGGAAAGGCACUUUAUGCAAAACCUAAUCAUAGAAUUUCUGCACAUCCUGGAGGGCAUUCCCGCCGAAGGCGAUGUGGCCUCUAAUGUGGUCCACUACUGCGAGCGUUUUCUGGAGUUCAUCAUCGACCUUGAGGCCCUACUGCCCACGCGUCGUUUUUUCAAUACAGUUCUGGACGAUUGCCACCUCAUUGUGCGGGCUCUUCUGUCGCCCCUUGUUCGUCGCGAGGAGGGAAAACUAUUCGGACAGCUUUUGGAUAUGCUGAAGUUUUACACUCGUUUUGAGAUCAACGACGUCACCGGCAGCUCUCUUACCGAUCACGACAUGACCCAGCUGCACUAUAAAAAGAUAACCUCUUUGCAGCGGGCGGUAUUUGCCAAGUUUCCCAGCCUGCGGGUCUUUGCCUUGUCCAAUGUAGCCACAGUAGACAACCGGGAGUCGCUGGAACAGCACUUCGGUGGGCUAGAUGGCAAGGGACUCCUUCAAAUCGCUACGUUCCUGAAUCUUGUGCCCGAAGAGGUGGCUGCACCCUUAGACUGGCACCGUGUGGACGAGCAGUUUCUGCGCGAACUGCUGAUAACGCGUCACGAGCGGCGCUGCUCUCAGCUGGAGGCGCUUAAUGAAAUGCCUCUGUAUCCCACAGAGCAGAUUAUUUGGGAUGAGAAUGUGGUGCCCUCGGAAUAUUAUACCGGAGAGAGCUGUCUUGCACUGCCCAAGCUGAACCUACAGUUCCUUACCCUUCACGACUAUCUACUACGAAACUUUAACCUUUUCCGUUUGGAGUCCACCUAUGAAAUCCGGCAGGACAUUGAGGAUGCCGUAAGCCGCAUGUUACCCUGGAAGUCGGAAGAUGGUGAUGUUGUAUUCGGAGGCUGGGCAAGAAUGGCGCUCCCUGUAGCCAGCUUUGCGGUGGUCGAGGUGGCCAAGCCGCAUCUGGGUGAAAAGAAGCCUUCGAGGGUACGUGCCGAUGUUGGAGUGACACUCUCUGUGCGUCGCGAGAUCAAGGCGGAAUGGGAGAACCUUCGAAAGCACGAUGUCUGCUUCCUGAUAACCGUCAAGCCAACGCAGCCAUAUGGAACUAAGUAUAAUCACCGGGAGCCAUUCAUUCCGCAGGUCGGAUUAGUCAGUGUGCGUGGCUGCGAGGUGGAGGGCAUGCUGGAUGCUAACGGAAGGGUAAUAGAGGAUGGACCGGAACCAAGGCCACAGCUGCCAGGCGAACAGCGAUGCUAUCGCGUGUGGCUGGACUCGAAUCAGUACCGUCUAGACAUGGACGACCUGCAGGAGGGUGCCGACGAUGUUUACGAGAGCUUCAACAUCCUAAUGCGCCGUAAGCCAAAGGAGAAUAACUUCAAGGCCGUUUUAGAAACCAUCCGCCAUCUAAUGAACACAGAAUGUGUGGUUCCGCCUUGGCUGCACGACAUCCUCCUGGGUUAUGGUGACCCUGGAGCCGCCCACUAUAGUAACAUGUCAAAUCAGGAGCGCAGUCUUGAGUUCAACGAUACCUUCUUGGAUUACAAGCAUUUGGAGGCCAGUUUUCCUACCUACACUUUGAAAUGUGAGGUGUCCGAGGAAAAGCGCCUGCCGCCCUACCGACUUAUAUUUGAAGAUGUGCCUAUUCAUAAGGAAAGCGACGAAGAGGAGAGUGAUGAUAAGGUUGAACAGGAAUUGACCAAAUCAAUUGUGGUGCAGCCAUAUAAGUACGAGGCUAGGGGACCAUAUCCCAGCGACAAGCCUAAACAAAACUCUAUCCGUUUCACACCCACUCAAGUGGAAGCCAUUCGAGCAGGAAUGCAGCCAGGACUAACACUGGUGGUUGGUCCUCCUGGAACGGGCAAAACCGAUGUGGCAGUUCAAAUUAUAUCGAAUAUUUAUCACAACCACCCCAACCAGCGUACGCUGAUUGUGACGCACUCCAAUCAGGCGCUGAACCAAUUGUUCGAAAAGAUCAUGGCCCUGGACAUCGAUGAGCGGCAUCUUUUACGUCUUGGUCACGGCGAGGAGGCUUUGGAAACAGAGAAGGACUUCAGUCGCUAUGGACGAGUCAACUAUGUGUUGGCCAAACGCAUGGACCUGCUUAGCCAGGUGCAGCGGCUACAGGAGGCGUUGGGCGUGAGUGGUGACAAUGCUUACACCUGUGAGACAGCCGGCUACUUUUACUUGUACAAUGUAAUGGCCCGCUGGGAGAAGUUCCAGAGCCAGAUGAACGUGCACAGGGAAGAGGCGGAUGCUGAGAAACUCAGAUCUGUGUUUGAGAAGGAGUUUCCCUUUAGUAAAUUCUUCGCGGAUGCUCCGCAACCGCUGUUUAAGGGUGCGAAUUAUGAGGAGCUCUUGGACACAGCCUGCUCAAACUUCCGAUACAUCUCGGACAUAUUCAACGAAUUGGAAGAGUUCCGCGCCUUUGAACUGCUGCGCACAGGUCUGGAUAGAUCUAAAUAUCUGCUCGUCAAGGAAGCAAAGAUCAUUGCCAUGACUUGUACGCAUGCGGCACUUAAACGUAAAGAGCUGGUCAAUCUCGGCUUUCGAUAUGACAACAUCCUCAUGGAAGAAUCGGCUCAGAUCCUGGAGAUAGAGACGUUCAUUCCCUUGCUGCUGCAGAACCCGUUGGACGGACUAAAUCGCCUAAAACGUUGGAUCAUGAUUGGGGAUCACCAUCAGCUGCCGCCCGUGAUUAAAAACAUGGCCUUCCAAAAGUACUCCAAUAUGGAACAGAGCUUGUUUACCAGACUGGUGCGCCUCGGAGUGCCAACUGUAGAUCUGGAUGGACAGGGUCGUGCCCGGGCCAGCAUCUGCUCGCUGUACAAGUGGCGCUACAAAAAGCUAGAGGACCUGCAGCACAUCUUUGAGCGGGAUGAGUACAAAAAGGCAAAUGCUGGCUUUGCGCACGACUAUCAGCUUAUCAAUGUGGAGGACUUCAAGGGAGUGGGUGAAAGCGAACCCAAUCCCUAUUUUUACCAGAAUCUUGCUGAGGCGGAGUACAUUGUUGCCGUCUACACGUACAUGCGUCUGAUGGGCUAUCCCGCGGCUAAGAUCUCUAUUUUGACUACUUACAAUGGUCAGAAGCAUCUCAUCCGCGACGUCAUCAAUGCACGCUGUGGAAACAAUCCGCUCAUCGGUUGGCCGCACAAGAUUACCACCGUGGAUAAGUACCAGGGCCAGCAGAACGACUAUAUUCUCAUCUCUCUAGUGCGCACCAAGGCGGUGGGACAUUUGAGGGACGUGCGACGUCUGGUGGUGGCCAUGAGUCGUGCACGUCUUGGUCUUUAUGUAUUUGGCAGGGUCUCCCUGUUCAAGAACUGCCUGGAACUUCAGCAGACUUUUAAACUGCUCACACAGAGAUCUCUGAAGCUAAGUCUGGUGCCCGAAGACAGCUAUCCCACGGAUCGUUUAGCCAGUGCUGAUGUGGCCAGAGAAGCUAUCAAAACGAUUGAAAGUAUGUCCGAAAUGGCGCAAUUUGUGUACGAGCGUUAUAUGGCUAAAAUGGAGGAGCUGAAGGGCACUCUGCCUACCGAAGAAGAGUUGCAGGCCAUGCGUAACCAGCUUCCCCAGGAAGAUGAGGACAAUGUGGCAGAAGAAGCUACCGACGAGCCCCCAGAAAAAAGAGCAGCCAAGGAAGUGCCAGUGUCGAAGAAAAAGUCAUCAGAAGCCUUCAAGCCCACGCCUAUUCUUAACGAGAUAAACGUGGACGAGGCGGAGAUGGAUCAAAGCGAACCGGUUAAUCAGGAGGUUACCGUAGAGCCAACCCAGGAGUCCACUCCGGCAGAGGAGUCAUAGUUACUGUAAAGUUGCUCAAAUAAUUUAAUUUCAAUAAGUUCCAACAAUGUUUAAGUGACAAAUGCAAGAAGCAUAAACCAAACACCAUAAA